ACCCCCACAUAUUCAUUUCAGGAAGAUGCAAGUUGGCUAGGCACAGAGCCAGACACACUUGAGAACCGAAGCAAGAAGAAUAGCAACGCCACAGACAAACUGAAAUGUUUUGAUACCUUAACGCUUUGGGAAAGCCUCUUUAAAACUUGGUUGUAUCGACGCAUUGUAUUCUAUGUAACUCGUACUACCCCGGUUGGACUGUAUGAUGGACUGGACGGUUAGCAGUCGGGCCCUAGUAUGGUGCAUUUUCACGUUACUGUGUAGUAUUGACCCACUUCAAAUGAGUUUCUGCCGAGCCAGCACCGUCUCCCUCCCUGAAAGCCUGCUCUUUGUAUCCACCCUGGAUGGAAACCUACACGCCGUCAGCAAGAAGUCAGGCUCUAUCAAAUGGACGCUGAAAGAAGAUCCUGUUCUUCAGGUCCCAACGCAUGUGGCAGAACCAGCUUUUCUGCCUGACCCUAACGAUGGCAGCCUGUACUCUCUAGGAGGGAAGAACAACGAGGGACUGACGAAACUGCCUUUCACCAUACCUGAGCUGGUCCAGGCGUCGCCCUGCCGCAGCUCUGACGGGAUCCUCUACAUGGGUAAGAAGCAGGACCUGUGGUACGUGGUGGACCUGUUGACAGGGGAGAAGCAGCAGACCCUCACGUCCUCCUUUGCUGAGAUGCUGUGUCCCUCCUCCUCCCUGCUCUACCUGGGACGCACCGAGUACACCAUCACCAUGUACGACACCAAGAGUAGAGAGCUCCGCUGGAAUGCCACCUACUUUGACUACGCCUCCACGCUGCCUGACGAUGACACCAAAUACAAGAUGGCCCACUUUGUCUCCAACGGUGACGGGCUGGUGGUGACAGUGGACAGUGAGUCGGGUGACGUCCAGUGGAUCCAGAAUUACAACUCCCCCGUGGUGGCCAUGUACAUCUGGCAGCGCGAGGGCCUGCGCAAGGUGCCGCUCACCAACGUCGCUGUGGAAACGUUGCGCUACCUCACCUUCAUGUCAGGCGAGGUGGGCCGCAUCACGCAGUGGAAGUAUCCCUUCCCCAAGGAGAAGAAGCCCAAGAACAAGCUCAUGGCCACACUCUACGUAGGGAAAGCACUCCACCAGCCUGUACGCACGCCCUCCCUGGUGCAUGAUGGGGUCACGGUCGUGCCCCGCGGCAGCACCUUCCCCAUGCUGGAGGGCCCUAACAGCCAGGAGGUGACCGUGGAGGAGGAGUGUGUGAUCACUCACAGGACCAGCGUCAAAUUAAACGCUGCCCUGAGGGAACGCAACCGCAUCAACUUCAUGAGGAACCACCUGCUCCUCAUAGGUCAUCAUGAGAUGCCUCCUGAUGCCCAUAACAAGAUCCUGGAGAAGUUCCCUGACAGUAUCCCACGCCAGCAGGGCAAUGUCAUCCCCCCCACCACAGAGAAGACCAUAGAGGAGAAGGUGAAUGAGAGUGACAUGGGAGACGGCCACUGUGGGCCCCAGCCCCCGGUGGUCACCUCCAUCCAGGAGCAGCCGGGGCUGACCACACCGGUGAGAGUAGAGGCUCCUGUGGACUCCAUGCUUAAAGACAUGGCAACCAUCAUCUUCAGCACCUUCCUCCUGGCCGGCUGGGUAGCCUUCAUCAUCAUCUACCCCAAGAGUGUUCACAAGCAGCAGCAGCUGCAGCAUGAACAGUUCCAGAGGCAGUUGGAUGAGAGGCUGGAUCUCCUGAGGAGACAGCCGUUCCCUCCCCCAGGGACCGACCUUCCCCUGCUGGCCCCGGACGCUGACUCAGACCACAGCAGCCCCAACGGCACCCCCAACAUCACCCCCCGCGCAUCCAACCACUCCAACCUGUCUGUGUCCGAGCUGGGCAGCUCCGCCAAUGAGCAUGAGGACGGAGAUGAGGACUCUGACAUGGUCAGAGUUGGAAAGAUAACGUUCCGGCCCAAAAAUGUUUUGGGCCACGGUGCAGAGGGAACCAUCGUGUAUAAGGGUCAGUUUGACAACCGUGCCGCGGCGGUCAAGAGGAUCCUCCCAGAAUGCUUCAGCUUUGCUGACCGUGAGGUGGACCUGCUACGCGAGUCAGACGAGCACCCCAACGUCAUCCGCUACUUCUGCACCGAGAGGGACCGGCAGUUCCAGUACAUCGCCAUAGAGCUGUGUGCCGCCUCACUGCAAGAGUAUGUGGAGAGACAGGAUUUUGACCGCCAUGGACUGGAGCCUGUGAUGUUGCUGCAGCAGACCAUGUCAGGACUGGCACACCUGCACUCCCUUAAUAUAGUGCACAGAGACCUGAAGCCCCACAACAUCCUGGUGUCCAUGCCCAACGCCCACAGCCGGGUGCGGGCCAUGAUAUCCGACUUUGGCCUGUGUAAGAAGCUGGCGGUGGGCCGACACAGCUUCAGCAGGAGGUCCGGGGUGCCCGGCACCGAGGGGUGGAUCGCCCCAGAGGUCCUCAGUGAGGACUGCAAGGACAACCCUACGUGCACGGUGGACAUCUUCUCUGCAGGCUGUGUGUUCUACUAUGUGGUGUCCCGGGGUCAUCCCUUUGGCAAGUCUCUGCAGAGGCAAGCCAACAUCCUGCUGGGAGCCUACAGCCUGGACCAGCUACAGCCCGACAAACAUGAGGACAUCGUGGCCACAGACCUGAUAGAACAGAUGCUGAGUAUGGAGCCCCAGAGGAGGCCUUCUGCUGAGAGCGUGCUCAAACACCCCUUCUUCUGGAGCCUGGAGAAACAGCUACAGUUCUUCCAGGACGUGAGUGACAGGAUAGAGAAGGAGCCGCUGGACGGACCAAUCGUAAGGCAGCUGGAGCGAGGGGGGCGGGCCGUGGUGAAGCUGGACUGGAGGGAACACAUCACAGUGCCUCUACAGACCGAUCUACGCAAAUUCCGGUCGUAUAAAGGAGGGUCCGUCAGAGAUCUUCUCCGUGCCAUGAGAAACAAGAAGCACCAUUACAGGGAGUUACCAGCAGAGGUCCAGGAGACUCUGGGCUCCAUCCCUGAUGACUUUGUGUCCUACUUCACCUCCCGCUUCCCCCACCUGCUGCGCCACACCUACCUGGCCAUGCACACCUGUGCCCACGACAGGUCCUUCCUUCCCUACUACCCCAGCUCAGAGCAGCUCGCCUGGAUACGGACUCCCUACACACACCCCGUGCCCAAGGCCACACCCCGCUGCAGACACACACGUUGCAGCCGGAGGAACCCACACAACCUGCCUCCACAGACAGUAUUGCCCACCCAGACCUCAGAACCCCCACACCGUCAGAAACCCCCCUUACAGAUCCUGUCCCACCUGGACCACACAUACUGCCAGUGCCACAUCCAGCCACACAGGACACGGAGCCUGCCUGAGAGCCAACGAGGGAAGCACCAUUACAGGGAGUUACCAGCAGAGGUCCAGGAGACUCUGGGCUCCAUCCCUGAUGACUUUGUGUCCUACUUCACCUCCCGCUUCCCCCACCUGCUGCGCCACACCUACCUGGCCAUGCACACCUGUGCCCACGACAGGUCCUUCCUUCCCUACUACCCCAGCUCAGAGCAGCUCGCCUGGAUACGGACUCCCUACCCACACCCCGGGCCCAAGGCCAUAGAGCUGCUGCAGACACAUGUCACAGCCAGAGGAACCCACAACGUCAAACACAGUACCCUCACAGCCUGUGAUGGUGUCUCAAACAAUCCCAUCCACAGCACCCCUACAUGUUGCCCACCCAGCCCUCAGAAAUCCCCCCUACAAAUCCCGUCCCACCUGAACCACCAGUGCCACACUGGACACAGAGCCUGCCUGAGAGCCAGGUGA